UGCUAUGUCAACUGAAAACAUGGACGGUCAUCAGCCACCAGACAGAGUGGACUCAAAGAGUGAAGAUGAGGAAGAAGAUGGUUUGGAUUGGCUUCUUGGGAGAGACAGCCCAGAGAUUGUUCACGCUCCUAUGGAUACCAACAUCCUGAUGUCCUGUGACUGUGACAGCAACAUUGAUGGUAUUUCCAGUAAAGUGUUCACCAGAGAGAGAGUCUUUGAAGCAGCAUCACAGGGAGAUGCAGCUGAACUUAAUGGUCUGCUCGCCUAUCUGAGAGACAACAACAAGAGGCUUACGAGUCCAGAAUUCACAGAUGAGGCCAAUGGGAAAACUGCACUCCUCAAGGCUUUGCUGAAUCUUAAAGACGGUAAAAAUGACACCAUCGAGGUCCUCCUUGACGUAGCAGAGAAAACAGGAGAUUUAGAAAACUUCAUAAACGCAUCAUACAAAGAUCCCUGCUACAAAGGUCAGACAGCCCUGCAUGUUGCUAUUGAGAGACGAAGCUCUGACCUUGUGAAACUGCUGGUUGAGAAAGGGGCAGAUGUCCAGGCUAAAGCUAACGGGAACUUCUUCCAGCGAAAUAAAGGAAUGGGCUUUUAUUUUGGUGAGCUUCCUUUGUCUCUGGCUGCCUGCACCAACCAGCCUGAAGUCGUCUCCUUCCUCAUGGAAAAUAAUUACAGAAGAGCUGACCCGACUGACAAAGACUCACAAGGAAACACUGUGUUGCACACUCUGGUGGUCAUUGCAGAAGAUACGACAGAAAACAUAGAUAUGAUCUCAGCGAUUUAUGACCACAUCCUUAUCCAGCACAACAAACUGGAGAAAAAGAAAGCAGUCCAGCUGGAGGUGAUUGAAAAUAAUAAAGGCCUGACUCCUCUGAAGUUAGCGGCAAAGCUGGGCAAGAUUGGGCUGUUUAAACACAUGCUACACCGGGAAUUCACUGAUCAGGAGAUGAAGCUGCUGUCCAGGAAGUUAACAGAAUGGGUCUAUGGACCAGUUCACUCAUCACUAUAUGACAUGACUUCCAUUGAAACUGACGAACACAACUCUGUGUUGGAGAUAGUCGUCUUUGGGAGUGAUGUUCCGAAUCGACCUGAGAUGCUGCAGAUUGAGCCUCUACGUAGUCUUCUCCAGGAAAAGUGGGACAGGUUUGCCUCCAAGAUAUUCUUGAUCAAUUUCUUGGUUUAUCUGUUAUACGUGUUCAUCUUCACUGCUGUGGCCUUCUACAGAAAGAAAGGAGAGCCACCGUUUCCCAUUGAAAAUGUCACAGUUGACUCCGUCCGGUGUGCUGGUGAGGUCAUCACUAUCCUUGGUGGCUUGUACUUUUUCUUUAAAUCGAUACGAAAUUUCAUAAGGAGCCGCCCAAGGUUCAAGGCUCUGUACAUGGACGGAUUCAGUAAUAUACUAUUCUUCCUGCAGGCUGCACUCCUCCUGAUCAGUGCAGUUCUGUACUUCAGUGGUCAGAGAGAGUAUGUUGGGAUCCUUGUACUCUCACUGGCUUUUGCCUGGAUCAAUGUUCUUCACUUCUUAAGAGGCUCCAGACAAAUGGGAAUGUACAGCGUCAUGAUGCAAAGAAUGAUCCUGGUGGACCUUUUCCACUUCUUAUGUGUCUACAGCGUCUUGCUCCUCGGAUUUUCUGCUGCUAUUGUUGCCCUCUAUGAGGAAACUCCCCGAGCUAAUAAAAAAGUGACCAACAGCACCCUGGCACUAGGAAAACUAGGAAAGACCCCUGUCAAGCCAGUUCGAUGCAAGAAACCCUGUUACAACAACAUCCGCUUCACUAUCCUGGAAAUGUUCAAGUUUACUAUCGGUAUGGGUGAUCUGGGGUUCACCGACCGUGUCCAAUACAAGGAAGUUUUCUACAUCCUGCUCAUCCUCUACAUAGUUCUCACCUACAUCCUGCUGCUCAACAUGCUCAUAGCCUUGAUGGGCAGCACGGUAGAGAGCACCUCCAAAGAAAGUGAAAACAUCUGGAACCUGCAGAGGGCUGUAACCAUUUUGGAAAUCGAGGGAACUCUUCCAAGGUGUCUGAGGAAUAAGUUGUACUCUAGCGUGUCAAAUGUGGUGUGUUUAAAAUGCCAGGAUGAUGGCAAUAGAAGAUUCUUCAGGGUGGAGGAGAAGAAUUGGAAACAAUGGGCAUCAGAUCUUGGUGUAAUCCGGGAGGAAGACCCUGGUGAUCUCAUCAUGAGGCCACAGCUUAUCAAUGAGACUCUGAGGAGUCGAUGGAAAUUAAAUCCUCUGUUGGAGAGGAUUCGUGCCAGACGUCACCCACCACAGCAUACCAGCAUUCCCUGAUUUCAUCAACAUUCAACGUUAUCCACUUCAUAAUUCAGAUUCUAUGUGGGGAUUUGUGAAAGGACACCAAGGGCAAUUUUUAUAUUCAUUAGGGUUGGAGAUCGAACCGCAGUUCAGAAGAGACAUUUGUUCAUUUUUCAGAACCUAAAAAUCAGUAAUAGUUUAGCUUAUCGAUACUCCUACCAAGUAUGGGGGUUCUGUGAUGUAUUUGUUUUUAUCAAAUCACUGGUGCAAAAAUAGUCGUCAGUUCUGGCCGAGGGGGCCAUGACCUCAAAGCAUGUCAGCAUUUUACAUCACCUUGAACCAAGUUUGGGUGCCUUUCCCACUGACUUAAAAAACAACACAAAUUCUUGCUGCGCUGGAAGUAGCAUGAACUCAUAACACUGGCUUUAGCUGCUGCAGGACAGUUAUCAUCCUCAUUUGCUCAGACUUGCUGUGAAAGUGCUCUGGAAUUUUGUGGUGAGUCCCGUCCAUUAAAAGUGUUAAAUAAGAGUUAAUUAGCUCACUAAACAAGCUGAUGUUUAUAUUAUGAUACAAUCAAGGUCAACUCGGUAACAUUAUUAUGCAGGAACUGUAAAUAGACAGUCAUGAUUUGUACAAAUGCAACAAACAUUAAGUGAAAGAAAAUUGGGGGCCUGGUGGUUAAGUUGCACCUUUUGUAAACAGAGCGGUCUGGGUUCAGGUCCAGCCUGUAGCUCUUUCACAAAACAGGGCUGUGGUAGUAAAAAGGGUGAAAAAUUGUCCAAAAGGGGUUAAAAGUGGCAAAAAUUCUGAAAAAUGGCAUCAAUGUGUUAAAGCAGCAG